UUGUGAUUAUUGCUAAAAACUGUUUACCAUUCGUGUUGCCUAUUUUGUCAUAUUCAGAUUAAACCUUAACACAAGCAUUUUUUUAAAUGUAUUUUCAAGCCACCUAGCAAACGUUGGCUAACAUAAGUUCACAGAGCUAACAUCGGAUAGCCACUGUUAGGCGCUAUUGGAUUGGCCUUCUUUUGCAUAGCUGAUAGCUAGCUAUUUGGUUAUCAUAAGUCGUUUGAUAAAUAACGCCAAAUCGACUCCAAUUGGAUAAUGAAAAACUGAGCGAUUGAAGCAAGUACUGUUGUCUGAUGUCGCGUUCAUAACCACUUGAAACUCGAAACUCGGUAAUUUCCGACUAAAGUAUGGACAGCUGGGACCUCAGACAGCUCUGUCUUAAAACAGUUAUAAUUUGGAAGAGUUUCUGGAGGCUUUCUGAUAUAAGAAUCACUGACGUCAUGAUUUGACCAAGUUCUUCUACGACUUUCGAGAUUUUUUAACUUUGAGACACUCUGGUGAAGAACAGUACCAUGGCUCCCAAGGACAUCAUGACAAACUCCCAUGCUAAAUCCAUCCUCAAUGCCAUGAAUGCACUUCGCAAAAGCAACACACUCUGCGACAUCACUUUAAGAGUAGAGAAUACUGACUUUCCAGCACACCGCAUUGUCCUGGCAGCCUGUAGUGACUACUUCUGCGCCAUGUUCACCAGUGAGCUGUCAGAGAAAGGGAAAUCCUUUGUAGACAUACAGGGGUUGACUGCUUCCACCAUGGAGAUCCUACUUGACUUUGUUUACACUGAGACAGUCUUGGUCACAGUAGAGAAUGUCCAGGAACUGCUUCCUGCUGCAUGUCUACUGCAGCUCAAAGGAGUGAAAAGAGCAUGUUGUGAUUUUCUGGAUUGUCAGCUUGAUCCCACAAAUUGCUUGGGCAUCCGGGACUUUGCUGAGACCCACAAUUGCCUUGACCUGAUGCAGGCUGCUGAGCUUUUCUCCCAGAAGCACUUCCCUGAGGUGGUUCAACAUGAGGAGUUUAUGCUGCUCAGCCAGAGUGAGGUUGAAAAACUAGUUAAAUGUGAUGAAAUCCAGGUGGACUCAGAGGAGCCUGUAUUUGAGGCAGUGUUGAAUUGGGUUAAACACAACAGGAAAGAGAGGGAGCCAUAUUUAUCGGAGAUGCUGGAGCAUGUAAGGAUGCCUUUGCUCACUCCGCGCUAUAUCACAGACGUCAUUGACUCAGAGCCCCUCAUUCGAUGCAGUCUUUCCUGUCGAGACCUUGUGGAUGAGGCCAAGAAGUUCCACCUUAGACCCGAGCUGAGGAGUGAGAUGCAGGGACCACGCACCCAGGCCAGAUUAGGUGCUAAGGAGAUCCUGUUGGUGAUUGGAGGAUUUGGCAGUCAACAGUCCCCUAUAGAUAUUGUUGAGAAAUAUGAUCCUAAAACUCAGGAGUGGAGCUUUUUACCCAAUAUUGCUAGGAAAAGACGAUAUGUGGCUACCGUGUCUCUCAAUGAUCGAGUGUAUGUGAUCGGCGGCUAUGAUGGUCGAUCGCGGCUUAGCUCAGUGGAGUGCUUGGACUACACGGCAGACGAGGAUGGUGUCUGGUACACAGUUGCCACUAUGAAUGUACGGCGUGGCCUUGCCGGGGCGACAACACUCGGAGAUAUGAUCUACGUCGCUGGAGGCUUUGACGGUAGCCGGCGACACACCAGCAUGGAGCGAUAUGACCCGAAUAUUGACCAGUGGAGCAUGCUUGGGGACAUGCAGACAGCCAGGGAGGGGGCUGGCCUGGUGGUGGCUAGUGGACUCAUCUACUGUCUCGGUGGGUAUGACGGAUUGAAUAUCCUCAAUUCGGUGGAACGGUAUGACCCACACACAGGACACUGGACGAAUGUUACCCCCAUGGCCACCAAACGCUCAGGGGCUGGCGUAGCCCUGCUCAACGACCACAUUUAUGUGGUGGGAGGCUUUGAUGGAACCGCGCACCUCGACUCUGUGGAGGUUUAUAACAUUAGGACAGACUAUUGGACCACGGUCGCCAGCAUGACCACGCCCCGCUGCUACGUUGGAGCUACGGUCCUCCGGGGACGGCUCUAUGCCAUAGCUGGGUAUGAUGGCAACUCCCUUCUGAGCAGUAUCGAGUGUUAUGACCCUGUAGUUGAUAGCUGGGAGGUGGUUACCUCCAUGGCCACACAGCGCUGCGAUGCAGGAGUGUGUGUCCUUCGAGAGAAGUGAAAUUUACCUCAAAGGCCAGGUGAAGCUGAAGAGGAGGGCAGGCAGCUAGUCCGCAACCUAAAUCUGAUAUUAAUGUGCCAAUACCAUGGAGCAACAGUGGAUUCAUUCACUUGAGGACUAGUAUGCUAUUUGUGCAUGUCAUACUUAAGUCUCUUGAUUCAUUGAUGUCUUUAUUAGACUUUCUCAUUUGAGCUUCAUUACGUCUGGUGGAUAACCCCUUUAUAUUUGAAACAGGGAUUGUAAGACAGAUUUGUUUCAUCGACAGUAGUGGCUGCCAAGAAGACAUCCAUCCCAGUGCAUUCGAUCGCAUGACACUCUUAGUGGUACCUGUUGCCGUGGUUACCUGUGACAUACAUUUUUGACUCGUCUUUGAAAGUGCAAUAUAUUUCUCUACUUCUGUUACAACCAAUGGAGUAGAAGAAACACAAGACUCCAGUCUGCUGCUGCUAUAUGCCUUAUGCCGUUGUGGCCCCAUUGACCUGAACAUCCAUGAUGCCCCAUUAGGGCUGUGGUGAUUGUUGUUGUCAUGAAGUAUGAUGAUUAUUUAGCGUUUCCCAGGUUUUCAAUCAGUCAUACUAAACCCUUUGUAGAUUUUGUAAUCGUUUCUGUAUAAAGUGCUUUUAGAAAGAAACCAACUGACACCGUCAUUAUUUUCAGUGAACAUGAAACUCAUUUUGAAAUGUUUUUGGGGGUUAAGCGCACCAUAGGUUUGUUUGAAUUCUGGAAUGCACGAAUCUUCUGGUGUUUCGUCAUCUCGUCAGUCUUUCUCUCCCCUGCAACAGUCUCUGCAUAAGUAGCGUAAUACAUACCAGGAUACUUUCCUACUAACCAGUCCUCUGCAGCACUUGAUUCAUUUUCAAUUCAGUCCUAAAAGUAUGUUACACAACUGUCAAUUGUGUAACAUACUUCUCAUCAAGAACCAGUUAGUUGACAAUUAUUUUGCCAUGCAUUACACUGCCUAAUGGCUGUUUACCUUCUGGAAUUUACAGUAGCUACUAUUAGCAAAGCUCUGUGAAUGGCUUCCAAUCAAGAUUGUUGCAUUUGCUAGGUACAGUAGUUUUGAGCAACAAUAUUCAACCAACUCUGUUUGGAAUUCGGACAGAUUUCCAGUUAUUUCAUUUAGAAAAUGCUCCGCUAUUAAAAUGUUUUCUUUUAAAUUCCCCUACAAUGUGUAUGCCACCAUCUUGAGACAGGUGAGUAUCAGUGUAGUCUGCGUCCGUUUUGUGUGGACACCCACCUGUUUCAAUGAGCGGAUGGAUAUUUCAUGGAAACAAACAUCGUCGGAAAAACAAUGGAGGAACUGCAACUGGACAUUGACAUCUAUAAGACACCUUAUUAUCAAAUUGCAAACAAAAAUAGUAUUGCAUAUUCUGGGUUAGUUUAACCUUUACUUGUUUGGCUUUAAAAAAUUAAAAACAGACCCCUCUAUUGAACCACUCACAUAUAUGCUAAUAAACUACCUAGAAUUCCAGCAUAGUGGUCUGAUCUGCAAAGGUUUUGUAAGCUAUGAAGACUUGACUUCAUCCAGGCAAAUAAAAACAAUUCUGACCA